ACUUAACAUACUUAGUCAUUUUCUUUCUUGGUAGGGGAGUUGGAGUGGGAUGCUGAGGGAAGGUGUCCUAUAAGGAAAACUGCAACAUUUGGGUGCAAGCACCCCUUGUACAAUACAAGGAAAGGGAGAAUCUCUGACUGCACAUGAGUCUACUUUCUUUGUAUGACAUGGAAAACAAUAAGAAUGUGCACAUUAAGGAAGAAGACUGUGAAUGGGAAUGCAUGCAACAUCAGAUGAAUAUUUAUAGCAUUGAGGAAGAGGAUGAUUAUAAAUUGGGACCAAUAAAUGUUAAAGGAGAAUCUGAGCCAACAUCAGAUACAAGUGAUUUGCAGCUAAAUACAAUUGUAAACCAUGUCAAGGCAGAAGACUUCAAAUCAGAGGCUGUCUCUCAACUUGUGUGUCCAGAAGAAGAGCUAACUGGAACAGACUUCACAAAAAGUAGACCUCACUCCUUCCAGAAUGAUUAUGUCCAAGUGAAAACCGAACCUUUGGAUUCUGACAUAAAGGAGACAGAGAGUGCAUCAUGUUCCGUGCAUUCUGGAGAAGAUUUACAAGAAAGACGGACCGUCUCUCAGUCUUCAUUCUUUGAGGUAUCUCUUCACUGUAGACCACAGCAAAAUGAAAAUGUGAAAAAACUGACAUCAGAAUCGGGGAUUUUGACACCAGCCUCAGUGAAAUGUAGUUCUCUACGUGUUGUGAAAUUAACAAGAGUAAGAAUAAUCCAUAUUCAACGACCGGUGCACAAUUCAAAAGAAACAGCUCUGGAUGUUUGCCAAAAGCAGACAAGAACAUUUAAAGAGAAAUCAAGAUCCGAACUUUGCAGGAGUCGCAAACAACAGAAGCCAUACUGUUCUGAAUGUGGAAAACAAUUCUUUAGCAAAAGCAGUCUUGAAAGACACAAACGAGUACACACUGGAGAGAAGCCAUAUUGCUGUAAUGAAUGUGGGAAAAAAUUUAACACCAGUGGUAAUCUUAAGAUCCACACAAGAAUUCACACAGGAGAGAGGCCAUAUUGCUGUUCUGAGUGUGGCAAACAAUUCUCAAGGAGUACUUCUCUUCGGGUUCAUUCAAGAUUGCACACAGGAGAGAAGCCAUAUUGCUGUUCUGAGUGUGGUAAGCGAUUUUCUGAUAUAAGCAAUCUUAAGAGUCAUGCAAGAAUUCACACCAGAGAGAAGCUGUAUCACACUUCUGAAAGUGUCAAACAAGUUUCUCAUGAUCUGCAAUCUUUAUACUAAUAUAAGAACUCACAAAGAAGAAAUGCCAUAUAGCUGUUCAGAGUGUGGCAAAGGAAUUAGCAUACAUUGCAAGCUUCAGAUCCAUUUAAAAAUACACACUGGACAGAGGCCAUAUUGCUGUUCUGACUCUGGAAAAUGAUUCUCUAGGAGUGGCAGAUUUCAAAUACAUAAAAGAUUUCAUAUUGGAGAAAGGCCUUAUCGGUGUUCGGACAGUGGCAAACAGUUCUUUAAUAAAAGCAAUCUUCAGAUUCAUACAAUAAUUCACACAAGAGAAAUUCCAUACUGCUGUUGUGAAUGUGGCAAAGGAUUUAGCACAAAUGGCUAGCUUCAAGUCCACUUAAGAAUACACAAUAGAGAGAAGCUUUUUUUCUUUUCUAACUGUGGCAAAGUAUUCUCAGGGAGUAGUACUCUUCAGGUCCAUUCAAGAGUACACACUGGAUAGAAGCCAUAUUGCUGUUCUGAGUGUGGUAAACGAUUCUCUACGAGUAGCAGCUUCCAGAGACAUAAGAGAAUUCACAGUGGGGAGAGGCCAUGUUGCUGUUCUGACUGCGGCAAAAAAUUAACUGUUAAAAGCAAUCUUCAGAAUCACACAAGAAUUCACAAGGAAAAAUCCAAAGUAAAUGAAAUAUUAUUUGCAGCAGUAAAAUAUGCCUGAAGAGUGAGGUUCACUCCUAUUUUGACAGUAAGCAUGAAAAGCAGGGUAAGAAUUCCACUGAAUGUUUUAUUUACCGCCCCCUGACACUGAUGAACACAUUCAAUAUGUGAAGUUACUGGGAAAAGUGUUUUAUUACAAUUCACCACUCUGCAGACAGUGUGCUCCAUCUCUUGUAUAUUACCAACAGUGACCAUUUGAAUGGCCUUCCACCCUAGUGCACUUUUUUAUUAGAUACAGAGGCUUUUGACUGGCUCAGUUAAUACUAUCCAGGAAGAGUCUUGGAAACACAAUAUUGAUUCCUUUUCCUUUGUUUUAUUUAUUCAUAAUGUUCAUUCUUUUUAGUAUUUAGGCAGUAUAAUGUUAUCUUCUGUUAAAAGCAUUGUUUCUUCUAAUAUUGACAAUGCAAUUAAGGAUUUUAAGCAUUCUAUCAGCAAAUGAAUCAACUUGUCAUCAUCCCUGCUUUAAUUAGCUAUCAUACAGAUAAUCACCCUUCCUUUUUUAAAGUUUGAGUCCAAUGAUCCCACUCCCAAUUUCUCUUAAGUAUUAGAAAAACAUCAGGGGCCUCCUGUAUAACACCAUGCAUAGAAUUCACACUAAAACCUGGCGUAUGGACAAAACUUGAAAUAUCCGUACACAGAAAUAAAUCCAUAUGCAUUAAACUGUGUGUACACAAAGUUCCACACACUUCUCCUACAGGAGAAAAAACCGGACACAAUGAAGGAAAAAAAAUUGAAAUGUAGACUUUAAUCUCAAUGUUUAUUUUGUCAUUGAAGUAGAAUGUUGUAAGCUUCAUAUUAAAAUCGAUGUUUUAUUUACUAGUUUCUCAAAUCCCACCAUAACUAAAGUAGCAUGUUAAAUUCUUCAUAUUUUAUGUGUUCUAUGUGUGUGAAUCACCAUGUGCCUUUUAAAUGACAGGAGCGUGCAAGCACUGAUUGCCACACAGAAUAUUUUACAUUCAUGAUACUACAGCUCCUUGAACAUUUUAGGAGACUAAGAUGUAUUCUUGAUAUAAUUUUCAUGAUGAAAUGCAUUAAAAUAUGUAUUAAAUAUAUGGGGCACAGUGGCGCAGCAGUAGCGAUUAGCUGGCACCCUGUCCUGUUGCUGCCUCUUACAAGAUGCUUGCUGGGACAUGCGCGACCCAGAAUGGAAUAAUUUAUUGUAGCAGUACUGUCUUUGUCAAAUGUACUAACCCCCAAUUCCUGUCCUUCUGUUUUCUUUCUCCAUGUAGCCAGUCACCACACAAUGAACUUUGUAGUAAAAGUUAAAACCAGUUGUAAAACUUUUAUGGAACAUUGAAUAAUCUUCAUUAUUAUUAUUAUUAUUCAUAAUAAUAAUAAUAAUAAGUUACAUUUAUUGAGUGCCUUUCACAAACCCAAGGUUGCUUUACAUACAGAGUUAAAAAAAAAAAAAAAGAAGUACACAGAUGACAAAAGUUCUUAGAAGAGGAAAGUUUUCAGUUGAGAUUUAAAAGUGCAGAAAUCUCGGAGAGACUGAGGAAGAGAGUUCCAGAGUUGAGGGCCUAUAGCACUGAAGGACCUGCCUCCCAGGGUGGAGAGUCUGGUGCCUGGGACAGUAAGGAGAUUACUGCAUGACAAGGAGUGUAAGGAGCUAGUAGCUGAUUGAGGUAGAGGGUGGCAAGGUUCUGUUGGGCUUUGAAGGAGAGAAGCAGAAUCGUGAAUUUAAUCCUUGAUGGAAACGGUAACCAGUGAAGUUGGGCGAGAACAGGGGAGAUGUGAGCAAAACGCUUUGUGUGGGUGAGGACUCUGGCUGCCGAGUUCUGAAUAUACUGUAGCUUCUGUAAAGAUUUUGCAGGGAGGCCAAUGAAGAGGGAAUUACAGUAAUCAAUAUGAGACAUUAUGAAACAAUGAACCAGAGUUUGAGCAUCAUUAAAGGACAGAAAUGGACGGAGGUGGGCAAUGUUAAAUGAUAGAAUUAAAUUUUGGACAGAGACCUAAUGUGUAGCUCAAAGUUAAGUGAUGAAUCAAACAAAACACCAAGAUUUCUGACAACAGGAGCAGGUUUGACAAGUGUACCCUCAACAGAAAUGGAGAAAUUGGAUGCCUUGGGAUUUUGGACCUACCAGUAACACUUCAAUUUUAUUGACAUUAAGUUUGAAAAAAAUAUUUUCCAUCCAUAGCUUAAGAUCAGUGAUGCAGUCAGUGAGUGUGCUAGGAGUUGAAUCUGCAGGGGAGUCUGUACUAAGAUAGAACUGUAUAUUGUCUGCAUAAAAAUGGAAGUUAAGGCGAUGUCUGCGAAAAAUCUGUCCCAAUGGAAGGAUAUAGAGUAGAGAAAGUAAUGGCCCAAGGACUGAACCAUGAGGGACACCACGCGACACAGGUAAGGUGGAGGAUUUAUAUCAGCCGAAUGUGACAAACUGUUGCCUAUUAGAGUGAUAUGAUGUGAGCCAUUGAAAGGCUAAGCCAGAGAUGCCUAGAGCAAAGAGACGUGACAGGAGCAUUUGAUGAUUAACAGUGUCAAAUGCUGCACUUAAGUCAAGAAGAAGGAGAGUAUUAAGUGAACCAUAGUCUGCAGAUUGGGGAAGAUCAUUAACUACACGGAGAAGACUUGUCUCGGUACUGUGCUGUUUUUUGAAAGCCAGACUGAAACUGCUCAUAGAGUAUAUUGUCUAGAAGAAAAGCAUGGAGUUAUGUAGCAACCACAUGUUCCAUCACCAAAAAAGGGAGAUUACAAAUAGGCUUGUAACUGGAGAGAAAGGAAGGAUCAGGUCAGGUUUUUUAAGGACUGGGGUAACUGCAGCAGUUUUGAGGGCAGUAGGGGACACCCUGAAAUGAAACAUGCAUUUACCAAUGAGGCAACAGGAAUACUAAUUAUGGAUGAACAUGUCUUAAGCAGAGAUGUGGGGGCAGGAUCAAGCAGACAGAAGGAGGAGUUAGACUUGUUAAGUUCAGAGAUGGCAAGAGAGUCAACAGGCGAAAAACAAGUGAGUCUUGAUGAUGGAAAUGGCAGAUCAGCAUGAGUGAGUGAUUGAGGUGUGGAGAGGAAACUGUGAUAGAUUUGAUCAGUUUCGGUAUUAAAGAAAUGUAAGAAAGCCUUACACUGUUCAGCUGUAUUGGGACAUUCUCGAGGAGGGGUUGGAGGAGUUUAUUAACAAUCCUAAAAAGAGUUCUAGGCCUGCACUUAGCACCAUUUAUGAGAGAGGAAUAAUAGUUGGAGCGAGCAGUGUUAAGGGCAUCCCCAUAUUUACGUAUGUGCUCAGUGUAAAGCUGUGAAUGAACUAUGAUGCCCGCUUUGUUAUAAAGCUGCUCAAGACGACAGCUAGUAGCUUUCAUAGCUCUGAGCUCAUCGGUGUACCAGGGACAGGAGUGGGAGACUGGAACCUUCCUAGUCCUUAAGGGAGCAAAGUUAUCUAACAGUUGGGAAACACGGCUGUUGUAAAGGGAAACCAUGUUUUCAGGACAGGGAAGACUAUGCAGUUUAAAAAGAGAUAAACACAGAAGGGAAGCAGCAAACAAAUCAGAAUUAACAGACCUAAUGUUGCGAUAGGAGACAGACUUUUUCUUGACAGAUGUAGUGGUAAUAAUGCUAAAGUUGCAUUCAAUAAGCUUAUGAUCAGAAAUACAAUAGAGUGAUCGUGAGACAGAGACAUUAUUCAAGCCAUUUGAACAAAGCAAAUCAAGAAUAUGACCCUGAGUAUGAGUGGGAAAAUCCACAUGUUGUGUCAAGUCAAAACACCUUAAGUCAAGUUGAAUUAAGAGAGCAGUUGAUAGCAACAUGAAUAUUAAAAUCACCAAGUAAAAUUACAGCAGGGCAAAGAGAUGAGAUUACAGUGAGAAGUUCAUUAAAUUCAGACAGAAAGUUCACCACAGAUUUGGGAGGGCGAUAAACUAACAACAGCAGCAUAGGAGGGGAGGAAACCAGUUUAACAGCAAUAUAUUCAAAAGGUGUGACUUCAAAAAAGGAGAGUUCCUUCAUUGUCAAGGUAGAUCUAUAAACCACAGCCAGACCACCCCAUUUUCCUGUUAACCUGGGUUUAGAUAUGUGGCGACAGCAAGUUUAAAUGUAAAUAGUCACCAGGUUGUUGCCAAGUUUCUGUAAGAAGAAAUAUGUCCACUUGCUUUUGGGAGAUGAGGUCAUUAAUCAGUGAGGUCUUGUUAGUAAUGGAGCGAGCAUUCAAAAGGCAGAGUCUAAAGGUGGAACAGCAGGGAGAGAAGGGGCAGACACUUCCUGAAGAGGUCGAAGAUGGCCCAUGUUUAUUCCUUGGACAGCCCUAGCAUUACGCCAGUGAACACGGUGAGAUGUCAAUAUAGUUGGAAUUGACGAGUCUGAGCCAUAGAUUCGUGAGGGGCCUCUUUUAGACCAGUGAAUAUAGUGAGGAUGCACAGUAAUUCUAAGCAACUGGCAAAAACUGUAAGUCAGGGAGACCAAUCGUAGAUGACAGUCAAGAUUUUUAAGUUCAUAUGGAGAAUAUAUGAGCUGCAUUGCCAAAAAAGUAGAAAUGACAACACACAGCACAACUCCAAACCAGAGACAGAACAGGGUAAGAAUAUCCAGACAACACCAUGUUAACUCCAGCUACACAUAUUAGCCAACCCAAAUCUCGCUUCAUACCCAGCUAGAAAAGGAAAAGCAUAGUGGGCAGGCUGCACGUUCACAGGUCAGACUGGCAACUGCAAACGAAGCAAGAGUAGAUUCAUACUCGCCACAAUGGCAGUAACAGGAGAGAAGGAAGAGAGCUCACUCAGGUGUGAUCUAGGCAAUCGCCAGUGGCAUUCGUAAGUAAAAUUCGAAAAGAAGGUAAAGGUGGAAAGUCCAACAGAACAAAACAAAACCAAUACAACGACACCAGUGAGAAGCGGCAGCCAAACGCGCACAGCAUACUCUCAACCUGAAGGGAUGGAGAUGUUUACAUGUUGCAUGUUUAAUUAUACCAUCUAUCCAUGGUCGCGACAGUCCCAGCAAGCAUCAAGCACGAGGCAGGAACAAUCCCUGGAAGGGGUGCCAGCUCAUCACUGCCACUGCGCCACAGCCACAGUACCCCACAUGUUUAAUUAUUAACAAUAUACAUUAUUUAAAUGAAGUUAACGAUUUAUCUGUAAAAUGUAAUAUACAUAUUUUAAUGGAUUUCAUCAUAAAAAUGAUAUCCAGUAUACAUCCUAAUAUUCUAACAGCAAAUAGCUCCAAAAGGAUAGCCAAUCAUCAUCAUUUGUAAAUAUGAGCUCUCUUCUAUUGAAUUGAAUUGAUUUCCUUUAUUGUCAUUCUAUGGUACAAUGAGAUUCAAUAUGCAAAUCCUCCAUAUACUUAUUUUCCACAAAAGGAUAAAAAUAACAAUAAUAAUAAAUUGAUAAAAACUGAAAAAUAUACAAUAUAAAAGCAAAAGUACAAUAAAUAUGUACAUAUAGUGCAGAUAGUGCAAAUGGUUCAUAAAGUGGCUCAGAUUGUGCAGUGCUACAAUUACAUUUCAAGCUUAUAGUGAGAUAAUUGUAAUUAUUAAGUACAAACAGUUCUAUCAGGAGCACUUGAUGGACUGAUUGAGUGCGUUUAGAGCUCUUGGGAUGAGCUUUUCUGAUCCUCGAGGUCCGUGCAGGAAAGGCUCUGAAGAAUUUGCCAGAUGGGAGAAGUUCAAAUAGACUGCAUGCAUAGCUGAGUGGAAUUCACGCAGAUACUGGUGGCAGUGGCUGCUGUAAAUGUCCUCCAUGGCUGGAAGCUGUAUCCCGAUAAUCCUCUGUGCUCUCAUCACAACCCGUCGUAGAGCCUUCCGAACAUCUUCUGCAUAGCUGUGAUACCACACUCAGAUACAAUGGGUUAAAAUUCUCUGAGUGGUGCACUGAUGGUGAUAGCUCUAAAGCAGCUAUGGUAUUUGUAAUAGUUUGAUCAUUCCAUGCGCCAUUAUAUUGUUACAGAAUGAUUACAGUCAAGUGAAUUAAAUUUGUAAUCAAUGUACAAUUAAUUUUGGUCUUUUUGAUAAAUUCCACAUCAUGAAUAUGACGAAUAUGAAAAAGAAGGAAAAUGACACAGAAACAGUAGCACUGCUUUGAUGCAGGGUGCUGCCAGUUUGCAAAACCAAGCAGAAAAGUCCAUACGCCAUGUGUGUGGCUUUAUGCAACGUUUACUUUUUAUACAUCUCAAAGCGAGCACGGGAACGGGUGUACGCAACAUUUUUGUGUGUACGCACCAUUUAAGCUUAAGGUCCCUGGUCUUGUAUUACUGGUAUCAUGUGGAACGCAUGCCAACUUUGCAUUAAACAAUUACUUUUAACUUUUGUUACAGCAGACAGGAGAGUUGCAUUGCAUAGUUUUGAAGGGUAUAAUUGGCCACUUGUUCUGUGUUCAGUUUGAUUUUGUUCAACCCGCCCUUGUCUCUACUAACACCACCACCACCACCACCCACCUUCCAGUCAAGGAAAGUCUGAACAUCCAAACUCUUUGUGUGACUUUUCUUUUUAAAUCCAAGGCUACUAGUAUAUUCUACCUAAUAGUUUCACAAGCCAUUCAGAUAUUUCAGAGUGCUGUUAACUAACUUUUGCAUUGGUACUCCAACAUGCCAUUUUUUAAUACAGCACUUCAUAUUGUGGGUCAGCCUAUUUUAUUUCCACAUUGAGCCUCUCUUGAAAUGUGCACACUGGGAGACUUGACUAAUGAUUUGCAGCUUCUUAUGUUUCUGUCUCUUGGCUCACAUUUUCCAUUCCUCACUCCUCCUUUUAUCUGUGGAUCAGAUCUGUACUCAGAACAUGUGAAAUUAUUCUUUCUGCUCUGUUGCUGGCACAUCUUGUGUGCAACUUUGCUUCUCUUUCAGCCUGUUUCUGCUAUGUGUGACCUUCUGUUUGAUGGUGGCAGAAUGCCUGUGCCUUUAAUAGGAAAAUGGGCUUCAGAUCUUCCCUCCUCUUAUUCCAUGUGCUUGUGUAGUUCUUUAAAAAAUGUUAAGCUUACAUCAAAAAAUAUCCUAAUCACCAAUACAUUUAAUACCAUUUUGCUCAUUGGACUUCUGACCUGUUCUAUAAACUUUGCUCACUUAACACUUUGGGUCUGUCCUGCUAUGGCUGCUCUCUGGUCAUCUGUCUCCACUUAUGUUUCCACUAUUCUCAGUAUUAACUGUCCCCUGCUCUCCGCAGUUAUCAUUGCUUUUAGAUUUCUUUGCCUUUUUUCUGCUUAUUAUCAGUGAGUUGUUUCUUUAUGUUAAGUUGCUGCUGAAAUCUUAUUGGUCCCUAGGAGGAAGAAUCCCGCUAGUACAACAUAAAUUCUUUUCUUUAUUCCUUUUUAAACUAAUUAUGCUAAGCGGUCUUUUUGACAAGAUAGUUUCAAAUUGGAAGGAUAUUACUUUGCUGGUCAAAGACUACAGUAGUGUGGGACGUUCUUUGUUAAAUAUAUGUAAGUUUGCUUUUCUUUGCUAUUCUGUCCUUCAGUCUCUCUCCCAACACCAACCAAAGACCCCAUAAUUCCCUCUCAUCUGGGAAAUUUUAUUUUUGCUCCAGUUAUAGGGGUGAGGGAAAGAGUUGAGGCUGGUAUGGAAGGAAGGGAGAUGGAAGAUUACUUCUCUUAUUUGAUGUUACUUUUCUUACACCCUUUAAUACAUUCAAAGUAUUCAUUUCAAUUUCAGUAAAAAAAUAUGUAUAAAAGAAAAUUUGUCCUGAUAAAAAAAUGUGUAAUAAGAACACUGGAUGAAGAAGAAGCAUAUAAAUAUUACUGUAGACAAUAAAGACUGAUUUGAUGGGAUGGAUCUCAGUCUAUCUGUAAAUUAUGAGGAUUUUUCUAAUAUUGUGAGUUUUUGCCAUUUUUGGCAGAACAAUAACAACUGCCGACUACAAAGAUUUUGAUACAGAAUGAUCCACCGCUAUUGAACAUAGACACAGCAUUUGUAACAGCAUAAAGUUACAUUAAAUGAAAUUCAAGUACGCUAACUCACUACAGACUAGGGCUGCUGUUUUUGUUUUCAAAUUUCAAAUACAGUAAUAUGUUUAUUGAAGUUUGCAUUCAAAAUUAGUUUGAAGUUU